UUACAAAGCGACAACGAGGCUCAACAAUCAAAAACGGCUGCCAUUUUAUUUUAGAGAUUUUAGAAAUAGUUGAUUUCUAUCGGUGACCAUCUUUGCUUUUUUGGUAGCUAUACUGUUGUUGUGGCUUGUCUUUCUGUAAACGUAAAGACAAAGAAUAUUUGAGACUAGUGUAUUUAUAUAUUUAUUAAGUAUUGGAGAAUAUUUUAGUUCAGAACUUCACAAGCCAUCGACCUUUUAGGUUUUAAAGAUGGCUUGCGGUGCAACUCUGAAACGAAGUCUAGAAUUUGAUCCCCUUCACAGCCCGAGUCAAAGUACUCCAAUAAAACGAAGAAGAUGUAUGCCAAUGACACUUUCACCGUCGACUCCGCCGACCAAAUCGCACCAACCAAAUCCAUUUGCAGAUGUCGUUCCAAAUCUUUCCAAAGAGCGUAUUGCAGCAAGCAUUAGCUUGGAGAUUAAGAAAAUGCAAAGGAGACGACAGCUGCAGUAUCCAACUAGUAGCAGUCCGCCACCAUCUUCGAUGGACAUGCCGUGUAACACAGACAGUCUGGCUCAAUGCUCGGCUACCUCAUUCUUGAAUUCUCUCUCCCCCAGCAAAAAAGAUGUACCACUGUUCACAUUUAGACAAGUGAACAUGAUAUGUGAACGCCUCGUGAAGGAGAGAGAAGAGGAGAUAUGUGGGGAAUACAACACAGUACUUACAAAUAAAAUUGCAGAACAAUAUGAAGCGUUUUUAAAAUUCAAUCAUGACCAGCUACACAAGAGGUUUGGAAAUGCUCCUAUGAGUUAUGUAUCGUAAAGUUCACAGAUAACAUGGAUGACAAUUACAAGCUAUCUGUGGUUUCAUAUUGCUGGAAAGGUUGUCCGUGCAUUUCUGUUUUUUCUGUAAACAAUUUGGAUUCUUUGUUGUCAGGCCUGGAACAUGCUUGACUGUUUGUGGAUUAUUUAUAAAGACUUGUUGGUACUUGUUAAACUUUCUGUGGAUGGGUUAAUUAAUAUUACAGUUGAUCAGUGCUGGCAUUAUUAUUAUUAAACAUUUCAUACAAAUUUUGAUCAAACAGUUUUGUGCUCCACCAGUUUGAAUUCUGCAGACGUGUGUGUUUUCAGAACACACUAGGCCAGUGUUGGUUGUAUGGGUAAUUGAUGAUCGAUGAACGUGUUAAGUGACAUUAUCCCGACAGUUUAUAGGGAAAUUUGUGCAGAACAUUUGCUGAUGUAAUGAGUGAAAUUGUUAUUGUCUUGGACCUCUGCUGAACUAGUGUAAAUUGUGUGCGCGUGUGAAUUUGUGAAUGUAUGCUUGGUGUCUGAUGGGCAAUACUGUGUGGCUGAAGAUGACGUCUUAAGCAUAGUCUGUCUGAUAAAUGUAAUGUAGUUUUUACUCCUUUUACUUGUAAAUCUCUUCCUGUAGUUUGUUAGUGGGCACCCAUAGUGUAAAUAAUGACUAGAUGUUUGCUAAUAAAGGUUGUAUCUCA